AUGAAUUCUCAUGUGCAAGAUUAUCUAACCAGAACUUUGGGCACUCCGAUGCGUCUUCGGGACCUCAUCCGUCAGGUUCGUGCAGCACGAACGAUGGCCGAAGAAAGAGCAGUUGUGGACCGAGAAAGUGCCAAUAUACGAGAAAACUUCCGUGAAGAUGAUUCACCAUGGAAAUGUCGUAAUAUAGCGAAACUGCUCUACAUUCACAUGCUAGGAUAUCCAGCGCAUUUUGGUCAGAUGGAGUGCAUGAAACUCGUUGCGCAGCCACGUUUCACUGAUAAACGGAUAGGUUACCUUGGUGCAAUGUUACUGCUUGAUGAACGAUCAGAAGUCCAUUUGCUUGCUGCUCUCUGUGCCUUCCGAAUAGUACGCAAGGUCCCUGAACUCAUGGAAGUUUUUAUUUCUUGUACUCGUUCUCUAUUAGGAGAGAAGAAUCACGGUGUUCUUAUGGGUGCAACGACACUGGUCACAGAAAUGUGUGAACGUAGUCCUGAUGUGUUGAAUCACUUCAAAAAGUUGGUGCCUAAUCUCGUUCGGAUUCUCAAGAAUCUUCUGAUGAGCGGUUAUUCUCCGGAACAUGAUGUCACCGGGAUAAGUGACCCGUUUUUGCAGGUAAAAAUACUUCGAUUACUGAGGGUGCUGGGUAAGGAUGAUUCUAGAGCUACUGAAGAAAUGAACGAUAUUCUUGCUCAGGUAAAUUUUCUGUUACUUUUUUCCUUUACUGGUCUUUUUUUGAAAAUCGGGCGGGUUUUUUUUUCUUGA